UUGGAGAGAGUGCAACGUUACAAGUGCUUAAUACUACACAAUAGUUUGUAAAUGCAAUAUAAUUCUUCCCCGCUAAUGUUUAUUUUUUGAUUUUGGAAUUAGUAUAUUCGUGAUUAUUCUUUCGUACAUGUUCUCAUAAAUUCCUCUAGCCUUUCCAUUAUGUUUGAGUUUUAUGAAAGAGAAUUAAAUUUUAUAGUGAAUCUCCCUUUAAAACUAUUGGAAAUCACUUCUGUUUACACUUACAGGCGUCCAUCAAAUGGUCCGAGGAAACCUUCCCAGUUGAAAUAGUGCAAGAAAAAUGGCAACACCAUUCCUUUUUUGUUUUUUGUGAUAUUUUUUCUUUAAGUUCAUGAAAAGAGGAAAAAAUAAGAGAGAGAGAGAGAGAGAGAGAAGAGAAGAGAAAGAGACGGGAAAAUGCAACUUUAGGUAUGUUUAGUGGAAUGAAUUUAUUCUUCCAGUUGAGAAACUAUGGAGUGGAAAAUUUCGCAUAAAUAAUGCUUUUAUAAAAUUGAAGAAAAUUAUAUCUUUUUUAUUCUUUAAAAGUAAAAAAAAAAGCAUGCAAACUUGGUAUGGCAGAUGAAAACCCUCUGGUCUCUUAAGAAGGCAGCUAAGCAUAAGCCUUCAGAUGAAUCGGAUACCUAACAUUUGGUAUCAGAGCACGUUCAAAUCUGGGAAGAACAUGCGCGAUGGCUCAGAAACAACUAGAGGAUCAAAUGGAAGGGACUGAGAAAGAGAUGCAGAGUAUUAAGGAAAUGUUGUUAGCCAUGAACAAGACCCUGGAGAAGCUCUUGGGGGACAUGAAGGAGUUGUCGAUGGGCAAAGGAAAAGAGACUAACUCGGGGCCUCAUGAGAGUUCGAGGGGAAAUAAAUCCGAUGACAGUGGAUUCAUCUCAGACGAAGGAGCUAGUGGCAAGUUUCGAAAAAGGAAGAUACAAGAAGAUUGAGAUGCCGGUGUUCAACGGGGAAAAUCCAGAUGCGUGGAUAUUUCAAGCUGAGAGAUACUUCGAGAUGCACGAGCUAACCGAUGAAGAGAAGAUUCGAGUAUCGGUAAUUAGCUUUGGACAAGAUGAGGUUGACUGGUAUCGCUGGGCUAACAAUCGACAAAAGUUCGAAAGCUGGGAAGGAUUCAAAGAACGAUUACAAGAUCGUUCUCGCGUAUAUGUGGAAGGAACCCUUCUACCACAACUGUGGAACCUGAGGAUGGAAACGGUAGUUGAUUACCGGAAGAGAUUCGAGAUAACGACAGCUCCGAUACUAGAAGCGGCUAAAAACAUAUUAGAGACCGCUUUCCUUAACGGGCUCCAUCCAGCGAUCAAAGCGGAGGUGAUUAGUAGGAGCCCCGUGGGCUUGGAAGAAUACAUUCAGGAAGCCCAACUGGUAGAGGAUCGCAAUCUGAUGAUCCAAUGGUCUAUGGAGGAAAUGAAGAAAGGAGGCCCAAGAACAAGUCAGGCCCAGAUGGGGUUCUAUAAGCCCACAAAGGGGAGCAGUCAAAAGAGUGGGACUCGAUAUCUAGAGGCAGGAACGGUGAAAAGCGUGACGAUUCCUUAAAAAGGGGGGGUGAAAUGAAACCCACCGAGAUGAAGUGAUUGUCCGACACGGAGUAUCAAUCACAAAGGGACAAAACGUUAUGCUAUCGUUGUGAUGAAAAAUACUUUGUUGGUCACCGGUGUAAGUCGAAAGAGAAGCGCGAGCUGAUGUUGUUGAUUGCAGGGGAGGAUGCUAGGGAAGUAGAGGUGGCGUACGAAAUAGAAAAGGUUAAAGACGAGGAAAACAGAGAAGUGGAGAACGUGGAACUUGCGCUACACACCGUCCUAGGUUUCUCAUCACCCGAAAUGAUGAAGGUGAAAGGAAUUUUAAAGGGAGUUGAAGUGGUGGUAAUGAUCGAUUCAGUGCCACCCACAACUUCAUACAUCAGAGUAUAGUCACCCAGCUGAAAUUACCCUUGACAAAGACUUCAAAUUAUGGGUAGUAAUCGGUAACAGUAUAGCAAUAAGGGGGAAGGGAGUUUGUAAAGCGGUUAGUAUCAUUCUGCCUCCAGUCACAGUGACUGCAGACUUCCUACCAUUGGACAUGGGUAAUGUCAAUGUUAUUCUAGGGUUAUUAUGGCUGCAUUCGAUGGGACACAUGGGGUGGACUAGCCUAACAUGACAAUGACUUUCACGAAGGGCGAAACCAAAGUAAUUAUUAAAGGAAAUCCGUCAUUGACUCAAGCGGAGGUAAGUUUGAAAAUGUUGACGCAAACCUGGGAAGAAGAGGAUCAGGGAUUCUUAAUAGAAUUUUAGAACUUAGAAAUCAAAAGCAAUGAGGCAGACGCCAGAGAAGAAACAGGGGAACCCAAGACUCUGGACAGAUAUGUGCUGGAGCUAAUGGAAAAAUUCAAGAUGUUGUUUCAGACACCAAUGAGGCUACCUCCCAAGAAGAGAGUUGAUCACCGAAUUACUCAGAAAUAAGCGCAGGACUCGAUUAACGUCCGUCCAUAUAAAUACGCCCACAUUCAGAAGGAAGAAAUCAAACGAUUGGUGGAUGACUUGUUGACCACGGGGAUCAUCGUACGAACCAACAAUACACCAUUUUCAAGUCCAGUAUUAUUACUAAGAAAGAAGGGUGGAGGAUGGAAGUUUUGCGUGGACUAGAAGACUGAAUAAGGCAACCAUACCAGACAAAUUUCCCAUGCUAGUCAUUGAAGAACUGCUAGAUGAGAUCCGGUUAUCAUCAGAUCUGAACGAGGGAGGAAGACAUUACUAAAACCGCAUUCAGAACACAUAAGGGGCACUACGACUUCCUAUUUAUGCCCUUUGGCUUAACAAAUGCCCCUGCGACAUUCCAAUCUUUGAUGAACUAGAUCUUCAAACCUUUCCUCCGGAGGUAUGUGUUGGUUUUCUUUAACAACAUUCUAACAUAUAGUCUAGAUUGGGACACACAUGUGAAACAUUUAGGUAUGGUCUUUGGAGUGUUAAAGGAAAACCGAUUGUUUGUAAAUGAAAAGAAGUGUAUAUUCGGACAACGAAAAAUAUAAUAUUUGGGGCAUUGGAUCUCAGAGCAAGGCAGUAGAAGCAGAAAAGGAGAAAAUACAAGCAAUGCUGGAGUGGUCUGCCAAAGAAUCAAAGGGAACUUCGAGGGUACCUGGGAUUAACCGGAUAUUAUCAGAGGUUUAUGGCCAAUUAUGGGAAGAUUGCCCAACCUUUACAUCAGCAACUACAUAAGAAUGCCUUCAGGUGGGACAAUGAAGCAGAAAAUGCCUUUGAAGCUUUGAAGAUUAUGACGACAUUACCAGUGUUGGCUUUACCAAAUUUCGAGAAACCAUUCGUGAUCAAGACAGAUGCCUCGAGGAUAGGAUUAGGAGCAGUGUCAAGACUCGCAGCCCAUAGCUUAUUUCAGUCAGACGCUAUCGGUCCGUGCUCAAACGGGCCAAAUCAGUGUAUGAAAGAGAGAUCAUGGCAGUCGUCCUGGCAGUGCAAAAGUGGAGACAUUACUUACUGGGGCGAAGAUUCACAGUCAUCUCUGAUCAACGAGCCCUGAAAUACCUUUUGGAAUAGAGAGAAGUACAACCCGAUUUUCAACAUUGGCUGACUAAGUUGAUGGGAUAUGACUUCAAGAUUUUAUACCAGUUGGGUCUCAAUAACAAAGCUACUGAUGCACUCUCGAGGAAGACAGACACUGGAGCACGAUGUCAAAGACGAAGUACAGAUAAACAUGUUUUCAACCCAUCAUAUCAUAGAUGUAGAGUUAAUCCAACAAGAAGUAAAUAAAGAUCCAUCUUUGCAAAAGAUAAUA